CAAAGAUCUUUCGAAUAUCUCUCCUUCUCACCGUAACAUUUGCUUUCUUUUACGACCGCUGGUCUGCUAUCUCUGAAUAAAAGUCACCUUACGACCCUCCGUACCCUAUCUCUAAGUUCAGGCUCUCCUCCUUAACGAUCCUCUUUCUCCGCUACAGCCAUGUCUACUAAGGCCAUCCGCGAGUACGACGCUAAGCAGCUCAUAAACUACUGGCUACCGCGCUCUCCCACUCCCAUCCCUUGUAAAACUGAGUCCACUGUUGCUCCCGUCCGAGUCGCACAGGUUGAAUGGAGCUCAGAGAUCCAUGCUGUCAAUCCCUCCAUCAAGCCAGGGGCUGGUCUACCUGACUGGGUGUUCACCUCCAAGCUUGUCGGCAAGCCGGACCAGCUCAUCAAGCGUCGUGGCAAGGCCGGUCUUUUGUGCCUGAAUAAAACUUGGGAACCUACCGCUGCUUGGAUCGAGGAGCGCGCAGGCAAGCCUGUUACCGUCGAGAAAACCACUGGGACUCUCAACACCUUCAUUAUCGAGCCCUUCUGCCCUCAUCCUGCCGAGACGGAAUAUUAUGUGUGUAUAAAUUCCGCUCGCGAAGGCGAUUGGAUUUUGUUCACUCAUGAAGGUGGUGUUGAGGUUGGAGAUGUAGACGCCAAAGCCCUGAAACUCCUUAUUGCCGUUGGCGCCGAGUUCCCCACUCGAGAGGUCUUGAUCAAAACCUUGCUCACGAAUGUUCCUGAGGCCAAAAAGGAUGUCCUCUGCGACUUCCUGAUCAGACUCUACGCUGUCUACGUCGACUUACAUUUCGCGUAUCUCGAAAUAAACCCUCUCGUUUGCCUCGACGCUGUUGGCGGCAAGCCGGCGGAAAUUUACUAUCUCGACAUGGCUGCCAAGCUUGACCAGACGGCUGAUUUCCUUUGUGGACCCAAGUGGGCCAUUGCUCGAGACACUUCGAGCCCCUCUGCCGCUAGCAGUACCAUCACCGCUGACCGUGGUCCCCCCAUGGUCUGGCCCGCUCCAUUCGGACGUGAUCUCACCAAAGAGGAGGCCUACAUCCAAAAAUUAGACGCUUCCACUGGUGCAUCUCUCAAACUCACCGUUCUCAACCAAAAUGGUCGUGUCUGGACCAUGGUUGCGGGAGGUGGAGCUUCCGUCGUCUACUCGGAUGCCAUUGCUGCCGCCGGCUUCGCCCAUGAACUUGCCAACUACGGCGAGUAUUCCGGUGCACCGACCGAGGGUCAGACUUACGAGUAUGCCAAGACCAUCAUCGACUUGAUGACUCGGGGAGAGCCUCAUCCAGAGGGGAAAGUCCUUAUCAUUGGAGGUGGUGCUGCAAACUUCUCAGACGUUGCUGCUACAUUCAAGGGUAUUAUUCGCGCCUUGAAACAAUUCAAGGAUGGUCUCAUACGCCACAAUGUCAAGAUAUGGGUCCGUCGUGCCGGGCCAAACUACCAAGAAGGUCUCAAGGCUAUGCGUCUCUGCGGCGAGUCAAUCGGGGUGUUUAUGAAGGUGUACGGUCCAGAGUCGCCCAUCACCGCCAUCGUGCCAAUGGCGCUUGGCAUUGAGCGACCCGCUUCAGCUAUCACCCGCGACGUCACACCCAUCGGCUCAACCAACGGUUCACCAAAUGGUACCCCCAACGGUGCAUCUCACGGUGCAAACGGCCAUGACAUCCCCGACCCCAUUGGGACGAUCAAGGCCAAUGGCGAGCGCGAACAGCCCAACGACCAUAUCGUCCAUUUCGGUCCCCAAUCACACGGUGCCCGACCUUGGUACCGACCAUUUGACGCAAACACGCGGUCGUUUGUCUAUGGUCUUCAGCCCCGAGCUAUACAAGGCAUGCUUGACUUCGACUUCUCUUGCGGUCGUAAAUCCCCUUCUGUCGCCGCUAUGAUCUACCCAUUCGGAGGCGCACACAUUCAGAAGUUCUACUGGGGUACCAACGAAACUCUUCUACCCGUGUACACCUCCGUUGCGGACGCAAUCAAAAAACAUUCAGACGUCGACGUUGUGGUCAACUUUGCCUCGUCUCGAUCUGUCUACUCGUCCACGCUUGAGAUCUUGACUUUCCCUCAGAUCAAAGCCAUUGGUAUCAUCGCCGAAGGUGUACCAGAACGACAUGCCCGUGAGCUCCUCCACCUCGCUGUGAAGAAAGGUGUUAUCAUCAUUGGUCCAGCGACCGUUGGCGGAAUCAAACCUGGUUGCUUCCGUAUCGGUAACACCGGUGGUAUGAUGGACAACUUGAUCGCCUGCAAACUAUAUCGUCCUGGAUCAGUCGGCUACGUGUCCAAAUCUGGUGGUAUGUCGAACGAGCUCAACAACAUCCUGUCCUACACGACAAACGGAGUGUACGAAGGUGUCGCCAUUGGCGGUGACAGAUACCCUGGUACUUCUUUCAUUGAUCAUCUUGCUCGGUAUGAAGCGGAUCCUAACUGCAAGAUGCUCUUGCUUCUCGGUGAGGUUGGAGGUACGGAGGAGUACAGGGUCAUCGAGGCAGUGAAGAAAGGGUUGAUCACCAAGCCCGUCAUUGCUUGGGCUAUCGGAACUUGCGCCAAAAUGUUUACCUCCGAAGUACAAUUUGGACACGCCGGAUCGAUGGCCAAUUCGGACAUGGAAACGGCUGAAGCCAAGAACCGAGCCAUGAAGGCUGCCGGCUUCAUCGUCCCUGACACCUUCGAGGAUUUGCCUGCCACUCUCGAAGCGACUUACAAGAAGCUUGUCGCUACCGGUGUCAUUGUGCCAAAAUCAGAGAUCGAGCCUCCUGCUAUUCCCAUGGACUACCAAUGGGCUUCCAAGUUGGGUCUCAUCCGUAAACCUGCCGCUUUCAUCUCGACCAUCUCCGACGAGCGUGGUCAGGAGCUCAUGUACGCCGGUAUGCGUAUUUCGGACGUUUUCAAGGAAGACAUCGGUAUCGGCGGUGUUAUUUCUCUCCUUUGGUUCAAGCGACGUCUACCUCCUUACGCCACCAAGUUCAUCGAGAUGAUCCUUCAGCUCACAGCUGAUCACGGUCCCGCUGUUUCCGGAGCCAUGAACGCCAUCAUCACCGCCCGUGCCGGAAAGGAUUUGAUCUCCUGUCUUGUUGCUGGUCUCCUCACCAUCGGUGACCGUUUUGGAGGUGCUUUAGAUGGAGCUGCCAAAGAGUUCACCCGAGGUCUCAGUUCGGGUCAAACCCCUCGCGAGUUUGUUGACUCUAUGCGUAAAGCGAACAAGCUCAUCCCUGGUAUCGGUCACAAGAUCAAGAGCAAGACAAACCCUGAUUUGCGAGUCACUCUCGUGGUCGACUACGUCAAGAAACACUUCCCUCAGCACAAGACUCUCGACUACGCUCUGGCUGUUGAAGACGUGACGACACAAAAGUCAAACACCCUCAUCCUCAACGUGGACGGCGCCAUUGCUGUCUCGUUCUGCGACUUGCUCUACGGCUCUGGAGCUUUCACCGAGGAGGAGGCUGCCGAGUAUUUGGAUCUGGGUGUGCUCAAUGGUUUGUUCGUCUUGGGACGUUCGAUCGGUCUCUCUGCACACGUCAUUGAUCAACGACGCCUGCGUCUGGGAUUGUACCGCCACCCGGCGGACGACAUCUUCAUCCAGAUGCAAGAAGAACGCGUCAUGUUCAGCCCUGGUCACUAGAUAAUCAGACUGGCAGGUUGUUCGCAGGGAGAGCGCAGAGAUGUUCAAAGUUGGAUGGUGAUGAAGAGAGAGAUCUGUGCAUAGAAAUAAUGGUGGUAGAGAGCUCGUGGGGAUCAAGGUCAACUUCACGUAUAGAAUUUAGUCGGAUGAACAUUUGCGAUAUGACCAUGAUAUGAUCAUCAGUGCUGUUG